AUGGAGUGCCAUUGGGAUACUGCGCUCUUGCAGCGAGUAGAUGAUCUCCCGCCGGAGCUUUUGCAAAUCAUACAACAAGGUAGCAACGAGCAAUAUCUGCAAGCCAUUACCAAGGCGACCCUCGAUCCACGAUACACGACAUUACUUCUCGCGCACUGUGAAAAUAUCUUUGCACAUAUCUGCUCGUCGCUCAGAACCUAUGGCAGUCUUGCAGCAGCGGUUGCCGCAUUGGGUCGUCUUGUGCCUUUCGCGCCAUUCCUUGCUCCGUAUGCUAUACGACUAUUAAAGCGCGAGCGCUACUCCUUCGACUCCUCGGAAUCACCUGACGCAGACUUACUUUAUUUACUUGGCGUCCUUCGUCUUCUGAACCAUGACCCAACUUCCUUCCGACCACACAUCGAUCUUGCCACUAUACACGGCUUACUUCGUCAUCAGAGUCGACCCAUCGCUUAUCUGGCUAUCAGGAUUCAGCAGAUAUGUCUCGACGGUGCAGACCACUGGUUCGAGCAGACGGUGAAACGAUACCUUGGCGAAGAUACGCCUGCAGGUGAUAUCAGUGGUCAAUGGGACGACAAGGUCAUUGACUAUCGCUUUUUGACUCUUUGGGAGCAGGAGAGGCAUGAAGCAGCCCACGAGCUCAUUCGUUCUGUGAGGUCGCUCGAUGCGAAGAGUACUUCCCCUACUCGAACACUGCCCAAGGAUAUCUUCCUCCAUAGUACUGCUCUUGUCGGCAACGUUCUUUUGCCACGGGAAGAUCAAUCGAGCACAACCGGCGCCUAUAUCGUCGUCCCAACUAUCACUACAGACCAGAACAUGAACAAAAUUGCUGCAGCGUUGAAGUCGAACCAGCCUUUGCUUCUUAGUGGCCUAGCAGGAUCUGGGAAAUCACUGCUUGGACGUCACGCAGCCGCUAGGACUGGAAAGUGUGACGAGAUGGUGACACUUCACCUUAACGAACAGAGCGAUGCGAAACUACUCAUCGGUGUGUACACUACGGGAGACUCAUCUGGCUCGUUUCUGUGGAGGGCCGGAGUAUUGACUACUGCGGUUCAAGAGGGCCGCUGGGUACUCAUUGAGGAUCUUGAUCGUGCUCCGAAUGAGAUCAUCGGCACCUUGCUACCCUUGAUCGAGCGGCGCGAGCUGUUGAUUCCGAGCCGCAAGCAGACGAUACGUGCGGCGCCUGGCUUUCGUAUUAUCGCUACCGUUCGGAGCACUAUCAACCAUUCAGGUGCUGAGACUCGACCGCUUAGCCACAUGCUUGGUGCUCGACACUGGCAGCAUGUAACCAUCGACAUGCCACCGAUCCAUGAGCAGACACAGAUCGUUCAACAGCUGCAUCCUUCACUUUCGCAAUUUGUGCCACAAUUCAUGGCCGUCUAUGAACGCCUGCUGUCAACGCGGCUCCGAGCUGUGUUGAUGGGUCAGAGUAAGACGGGAGUGCUUCGCGCUAUCAGCCUAAGGGACUUGUUGAAAUGGUGUGGCCGAGUGGUGAACUUCUUGCACCAGAGGUCGUCCUUCACCAGUGCAGAUCUCGAUGGUAUCUUUAUGGAAGCUGUGGACUGUCUGGUUGGUGCACUACCCGAUGGCCAGGCUCGAACGGCUCUGGUGGCAAUCAUUGCCGAAGAGCUACACAUCGAUCCACAGCGUCGCGACUUCUUACUCGCUGAUCGCGACGUGCGAUACGAAGUCGACAAAACGCGGAUCUCCAUGGGACGCUACAGCCUGGCACGCAUCCAGUCGCAGCGUACGGCUGCGCAAAGCACGUUCUCGACCAAUCCACAUACUACUCGUAUGCUCGAGCGUGUGGCUGCAGCGGUGGUUAAUCGUGAGCCCCUACUCCUGGUCGGCGAGACCGGUGUCGGGAAAACCACAGCAGUCCAACAUUUGGCAGCACACCUUGGAAAGAAGCUCGAGCCCUUCAACCUAUCGCAGCAGAGCGAAGCUGGCGAUCUACUCGGAGGCUUCAAACCUGUCACCGCGCGAAGUCUGAUCGUGCCUAUAAAAGACGACUUCGAUGACCUUUUUAGAGCGAGCUUCAGUGUCAGUAAAAAUCAGCAAUUUCUCGAGCUCCUUGGCAAGCAGAUGGCUAAGAGCAAUUGGCCGGCCGUGUGCAAGCUUUGGCAUCAGGCGCUCAAGAUGGUCGAUCAGCAGCGAACUACAUCGUUGCCCAGCAGAGAAGGUGGCGCACCAAGCAAGAGACGCAAGGUCGAGUCUUCGACGGUUGUUGAUUUUGUUCGCUGGGACGCGUUGGCCAUCAAACUCACUAAUCUUGAGCGCCAACUUUCUGCAGGUAAUGAUGCAUUCGCUUUCAGCUUUGUUGAAGGCAACAUCAUCAAAGCUGUACGCAAUGGUGACUGGGUAUUGCUUGACGAGAUCAAUCUGGCAUCGCCUGACACGCUGGAGUCGAUUGCCGAUCUUCUCGACUCAGCAUCACCUUCGAUCUUGCUGACCGAAGCUGGCAACAUUGAACGUAUCGAAGCCCAUCCAGAGUUCCGAGUGUUUGCGGCCAUGAAUCCCGCAACAGACGUUGGCAAGAAGGACCUUCCUCCAGGUAUCCGUUCGCGGUUUACAGAGCUUUACGUUGAAUCCCCAGACAAAGAUAUCAAGAGCUUGCAGAGUAUUGUUCGCUCCUACCUUCGGUCAGAAGCUUCUGCUGACGUCGCGAUCUCGCUCGACGUCAGCACAUUGUACCAGAAAAUCCUUGCGCUUGCCGACCAGAACAAGCUCGUGGACGGUACUGGUCAGAAACCACAUUUCAGUCUUCGCACCCUGACUCGGACCUUGAGCUAUGCUACGUACAUUGCCUCGUUAUGCAGCCUUCGACGAGCGCUCUAUGAAGGCUUCCAGAUGAGCUUCCUGACAUUUCUCGAUGUUGAGUCUGCCCGUUUGGUUCAGCCGCAACUUGAGCAGCACCUAUUUGGCAAGCGCCUGAACGUUCGCGCUGAGCUGCAGAAGUCUUUGAGGCAGCCAAGCGACGGACGCCGAUACAUACAGCCAUUUCCUGGCAGUAAACACUGGGCACGACAGGGACCCCUCGAGCUACAGGACGAACAGCAAUACAUUCUCACACCUUUCAUCAAGCGGAAUCUGGAGAAUCUCGUCCGUGCCUCGAGCACGAGACAAUCGCCUGUGCUUAUACAAGGGCCUACGUCCAGUGGCAAGACCAGCAUGAUCGAGUAUCUGGCGAAGCGCACAGGCCACAAUUUCGUGCGCAUCAACAACCAUGAGCAUACCGAUCUACAGGAAUAUCUUGGCACGUAUGUCUCUGGCUCUGAUGGGAAACUCCAAUUCCAAGAGGGUGUCCUUGUCAAUGCACUUCGUAAAGGACAUUGGAUCGUGCUCGACGAGCUCAAUCUUGCUCCUACAGAUGUACUUGAGGCACUGAACAGGCUAUUAGACGAUAACCGCGAGCUGUUGAUCCCAGAGACUCAGGAGACCGUGCGCCCUCAUGAAGACUUCAUGCUGUUCGCUACGCAAAACCCGGCGGGCUUGUACGGAGGUCGAAAGGCUCUAUCCCGUGCAUUCCGCAAUCGAUUUCUUGAGCUGCAUUUCGAUGAUAUUCCUGUCGAUGAGCUGCAAGAGAUUCUUCACCGACGCACGCAACUGCCCGAGUCGAGAUGCAAGCGCAUCGUGUCUGUCUAUCGCGAAUUGUCCGUCCUCCGUCAGGAGAAUAGACUCUUCGAGCAGAAAAGCUUUGCCACCUUGCGUGAUCUCUUCCGAUGGGCACUGCGGCAAAAUGACACCAUCGAGGAUCUUGCUGCGAACGGGUUCAUGCUGCUGGCAGAACGAGUUCGCAAGCCUGAGGAGCGUGAAGCUCUAAAGAACAUCAUUGAGAGGGUCAUGAGCACAAGCGGACCACGAAUCCGUAUCGACGAGGAUGCUUUGUAUGCUCCAGACAACGCUACAAUACAGAAAUACGACAUGUAUGCGUCUUUCAAGGGUGUGGUCUGGACUAAGGCGAUGCGUAGGCUGUACGUCUUAGUGUCUCGAGCGAUCGAGCACGACGAGCCUGUGCUUCUGGUAGGUGAGACUGGUUGCGGCAAGACGACCGUGUGCCAGGUGCUAGCCGAAGCACUCGAGCAGCAGCUACAUAUGAUCAAUGCUCAUCAGAAUACCGAGACCGGCGAUCUGAUUGGAUCUCAGAGACCUGUGCGAAAUCGAGGUGUCAAUGCGAAUAUGCUUCGUGAGCGUAUACUGGCUUCUCCACCUAUGGAGAAUCAGAUUGUCGACGAGGCAUCCUCCACCGAUGUCGUUCUCGCUUCUUACGAUGAAGCUCUGGGCGCCCUACCGCAGUCAGACAAGCAAGCAUAUGUAGCUUCCGAUUUGCACGCUGAUAUCACGAAAUGCCGGACACGGUUCCGGGCCUUAUUCGAGUGGGUGGACGGCAGUCUUGUGCAAGCCAUGAGAGAAGGCACACUUUUCCUACUUGACGAGAUAUCUCUGGCCGAUGACUCUGUACUGGAACGCAUCAAUAGUGUGCUGGAAUCACAGCGCUCUAUUCUGCUAGCCGAAAAAGGAAGCUUAGACUCUUUCAUCACUGCAGCACCUGGCUUCCAGUUCUUCGCAACCAUGAACCCUGGCGGCGAUUACGGCAAGAAAGAGCUUUCGCCUGCUCUACGCAAUCGCUUCACCGAGAUCUGGGUGCCGUCCUUGUCUGAAGAAGAAGACAUUGUGCAGAUCGUGUCUGCCAAGAUCACUUCGAAUGCCACAGCAUAUGCCAAUGCUAUGGUUACGUUUGCGCAGUGGUUCAAGCGGCGUUAUAACACUUCCGCAAGCGCGUCGAUCUCGGUCCGAGAUAUCCUAGCUUGGGUACAGUUCGUCAACAUCUAUGCUUCAGCAGACAUUGCGACAGCCAUCAUACAUGGCGCUGCUAUGGUCUACAUAGAUACACUCGGUGCCAAUCCUGCAGGCCUUAUGACGCUCACCAGUGCUAGCCUUGACGAGGAACGGUCGGCUUGCUUGACGCAACUGAGUCUUUUGCUACGGACAGACGCCGCUGCCAUCUACGCCGCACCAACAAGUGUGAGCCAGGACGAGACUUCACUUCGGAUUGGCCCAUUCAGUCUUCCAAAGCGCGGGAGCCACGAAUACUCCGACGCAAGCUUCACCUUUGACGCUGGAACUACGCGCGUGAAUGCUAUGCGGGUGAUGAGAGCUAUGCAAUUGUCGAAGCCGGUCAUGCUCGAGGGCAGUCCAGGUGUAGGCAAGACUGCGCUUGUCACAGCCAUUGCAGCAGCCGCUCGCGUAUCUCUUACACGAAUCAAUCUGUCAGAGCAGAGUGACCUCCUGGAUCUGUUUGGCUCCGAUGCACCUGUCGAAGGCGCUGCUACUGGCACUUUCGUUUGGCGCGAUGCUCCUUUCCUUCGAGCAAUGAAGAUUGGUGAGUGGGUCCUCUUAGAUGAGAUGAACCUGGCAUCCCAGUCUGUGCUUGAGGGCCUCAAUGCCUGUCUAGACCAUCGAGGUGAGGUCUAUGUGCCUGAACUUGGUCAGACAUUCAUCAAGCAUCCAGACUUUAAGCUAUUUGCUGCCCAAAAUCCUCAUCAUCAGGGUGGUGGGCGGAAAGGGCUGCCUGCAUCGUUUGUGAACCGCUUUACUGUGGUUUAUGCAGACGUGUUUCGGUCUGAGGAUCUACUGUUGAUUUGCCGGAAGAGCUUUCCGCGUGUCGAUGAAUCUUUGCUAGUACAGGUUGUGAGACUUGUGAACCUCAUGGACCGCGAGAUCGUCCAGCGUCGUCGGUUUGGCAGUAGUGGCGCUCCUUGGGAGUUCAAUCUCCGCGAUACGAUGCGCUGGCUCAAUUUACACGUAUCUACCAGAGGUCUGAUGAGCGCUGCUAGCAUCCGUGACUGUGUCCGGAUGGUCUUCCAGCAGCGAUUCCGCUCUGGUCUCGAUCGUGAUGCUUUCGAUAGACUGUUCGAAAUGGUGUUCGAAAGUCCAUCCUCUGCUUCGGAUAUGUUCAGCAGUAUCUCAUCGACAGAUCUCCAGCUUGGCCUAGCACUACUACCACGGCAGCCCACGCAGGCCCAGUAUCGGGACGCCUUCUCCGGACUUUGCCUUACGCCAUCUGGACUCCGUGCACUGGAAGCUGCAAUGGUUUGUGUUCAGCACGGCUGGCCAAUCAUACUCACUGGACCUUCUGGUUCGGGCAAGACGUCUAUGAUCCAUAGUCUUGCUUCCGCGACCGGCGCAUCAGUGGUUACACUGGCCAUGAAUGCGGAGACUGAUGCUAUGGAUCUUGUGGGUGGUUAUGAGCAAUCUGAUCCGCUACGCCAAAAGACGCAGGCUUUAUCGGAGUUACGGAAAUUUCUGAGUCGACGUGCUCUAAUGGAUACCAACGAUCGAACCUAUAUGGCUACAACUCUAGAUCUACUCACCAAAGUCCAGUCAGAUUCACAAAAUGAGCCAACGUCACGAUUAGCAUCCCUAGCCGCAGUACAAAAAGUUCUUGGAUCCGACCGCGAAGCCUCCUCUCUUAUGGACUGCCUCCUCACGACUACUGACGAGGUCCAGAAAGCAAGUUUCGAGUGGAACGACGGUCUUCUCGUGGAAGCUCUUGAGCGAGGCAAGUGGCUUGUAUUAGACAAUGCUAAUCUGUGUAGCUCUUCUGUCCUGGAUCGCUUGAAUGGCUUACUGGAACCGGACGGCAAUCUGAUCAUCAACGAGAAUACUCAGUCAGAUGGUAGCCCACGCGUCAUUCAGGCACAUCCCGACUUCAGGAUCUUUUUGACUGUCGAUCCCCGCUACGGCGAACUUUCCCGCGCAAUGAGAAACCGAGCAGUUGAGCUCUAUCUUCUACCAGGUGAAGACGAAACGAACAGCACAGCAUGCUUGCAGCCUCUUCACCAUGAGUCCUCAACCGCGCGAUUCCAACAGCUUAAAGCUCUCGCCAAGGUUAAGCCCACUGCUGAUGACGCUCGUGAGCUUGGUAGAGUUGCGAUCGACCACCUGGGUCUUCGUGAUCAAAACCUGCUACCAAGGUUAAAGCAACAGCUACAAGCUGGUCUAUACAAGACGUCCGCGGUGACUACAUCGUCUGCUUCGUUGCAAGACAGCGUAGUGAAUCUGACAGACUACUACCGGUCUGCAUCAAGCCAAUCGAAGGCGUCUGCUGACCUUGCACGUGUACAGGUCAGUCCUCUAGCCUUCCCAACUCUUCACCCUCUCAACAAUCAGCCCCUCGUCCAGCAGAAUCAACAGCUGUUUCUGCAUGCCUCAACGCUUGCUUUCAAACAUGACUAUGGCUUGCGCGUGGCUGAUUUCGCUGCUCAAUUGACUACAAUGAGAGCCUCACAGCCACUGAUCCGUCAGAUCGAACGCGCAGAGCGCACAGCUCUAGGCAGGCAACAACGUGGUAGUGGCCAGAAGGCCCUUUUAUCCAUGGGAGAAGCCACAGUCCACUCACUGACAGAGCUUAUACGGAUGUGGGAUCUGACUGCCUCUCAAGACACGAUCAUCGCUAAGAGAGUGGUGACCUUGGUAUGCGGCUAUUGGCAAUUUCUGAUGGCAUCGAUUGCGAAGGGCGAGGAAGCAGCACCUCUUCUGCGUCCCUGGCUAUCAGGCUUGCGAAUGUGGUUGAUUCGAAUGCCGGCUGAACGUGACAGUGUCCUGCAAGACGUCACCUCACAGCUUGGGCACGAUUUGGACGGUCUUAUCGGUGUCUCCACGAGUAUGACGGGCGCCGCUGCUCUCGUACUGUGGAAGACCUUCAAGCCAUCAAUGCCUGCCUCAAUGGAAAGAUUGAGCAUAAUUGUCCAAUUCGAGGCCAUCGUCAGCGACUUUGAUGCAGCUGCUAGACAGUUCCGCCAACCUGUCAAAGUGUUGGCUCGGAUGCGACUAGCUUUCGCAAAGGCCCUCCGGAUGAUCCAGCAUCAAGAUGUGGACACCAUCGACAUCACCGACAAACUUCGCCAACUACUGCCAGAUCACGGUAGCAAUGCUAGUCAAACAACACAAGCAGGUGUGCCGCACUUCGCCAGUGUCUUCGAUUGUAUAGCAAGACACUUUGCACUUGUUGCACCCGCACAAAAAGAGUUCGUGGCAGAAAUUGUAUCAGAGAUGGAAGUCUUGGCACUACAAAAGACCAGCGCGGGAGGCGUUGCUACACCGGUACACACCGAGCGACCCGUGCCACGUAACGAUCUGCAACUGCUUGGGCAGGUACUGCCAGAUCAGGAUCUUAUGGAAGACGGGUCACCAUCGAUGCCACUGCUGAUCAUGCAGCACGCGGCCACAACAAGCCAAGUUCCGUUAAGAGACAUGCACCUGUUGGAGGAGGAGAUCGAUGUGCUAGGUCGCGCCGUUGGUGGACACGCUCAUACAAUCAUCCUUAGCCAGCUCGCAGCACUCAAUGCGCUGUUGCAUCGACUACUGCAGGCGCUACUCCAGACCCUUAUCAAAACAGACCGGGCUGAUCUGCAGUCACUUGCGACGACUCUGCUCAAUCAUCUCGAACAUGCAGACGUGACUCAUGUAGCCUCUUGCGAGUCGGGAAUCCCAGAAGUCAAGAACGCUGGUCUUGAUGUGGACUGGCUAAGACCCACCAUCAUGGUCGUGGUCGAUCAUUUACGCCGUGCAAGCGAUCAGGGAUGCGAUGAAUACAGAUCGUCAUCUAGAGCAUGGAAAGCUUUCGGCCUUGCUUGUCUCGUCUUGUACAUACCGCCUGAACCGUUCGAUCCUCUUCUGCAGCCUCUGAUAGAGCAAGCGGUCUAUCGACACUGUCACAAAUCACACCUACAAGGCCUUACUGCUAUGAACGACUUUCGAGGUGCGCUUUCUGGAGAGAGGGAUUCUUUGCGUGCAAGGUUUCUGCAGCAGGAUACCAACCUCAUAGGAUCAGAACCGUCUGUUGAGAACAUAUGCCGUCCAACGGCAAGCGCGGUACUUCAGCUACAUCAGGAGAUGGACACCCUUGCGCGCGCUAUUGCGCCGUUGCUUCAAGAUGAGUCAGUCGACACGGUAGCUUGGAAAAACAUUGCACGCAUCCGGUCAAGAUUGACAACAUCUUAUCGGGAAUACGGCGACAUUACCGGACCUGCCAUUGGCUUUGUUGACUGUCUGCGUGUGGCCCACUAUCUCGCAAUGCAGAGCAAAUUCAGCGAGCUCUCCCCAACCAUCACAACUCUGAAGGUUCUCGUUCCCUUCUGCGGAGCCGAGUCCGAGCCGUGGAUCAAUGGUCGUAAUUUCCUACAAGCCUUUUCUCGCACCAUGAGCCACUCAGAUACCUUGUCUGCGCUCUCUGCAUUCGCCAUGAGAUGCAGGUGUAGCCCCCUGAGUGGCAACGAUGAUGCUUUGAUUGGGGCCAUUGAUCAACAGUUCCAACGCUUCUACAGCGAAUGGAAGCUUCAAUUGAGCGACGACCAAAAGCGAACUGCGGCAAGAUCGAGCUUGUAUCGAUACCAGGGUACGCUGAAUGACGAGGACGCCGUAUCUGCCGAGGAACUCGAGGCACUGUUCCCUACGGCUGAUGGAAACGCUCCGCAGACCAAGUCUACCAGCUCAGACCGGGCUGCGACGCUUGCGCAUUUGCAUGGAUCGAUGUUCCGGCCUGGGAGUGUGGCUGAACCGGCUUCCGUCUUACAACAGUUGCGUGAGAGCGCAGACUGGCUCUCAGCACACGGGAACAUACUCGAAAGUCGGGCAUGCAUUCCAGCCAUGACCGUUGCGCUCCAGUCAUUGAAGGCCAGUAUGUCGCAACAUGAGACACAGGACAAUCUGUACAAUAUGUACACGGACUCCAACCUGCGCGAGAUGCGGAAAGCUGCGACGAUCGUCUCUCGAGUGCAAAGCCGGUUCCUGCAGUUGCAUCAUGCUUGGCCUGAACAUGCGACCCCUGUUGAGGUCGACAGGUUGUGCGAUCAAAUCUACAAUGUUCCUCACAGCGAGCCAAUCACUAAGGUGCUACCUAUGCUCGAGAAGCUGCAUGCAAGCAUCACGCAGUGGCAGCAGAUCGCAAGUCGAGAGUUCAGCGUUCUCGAGAUGCUGGAGGAGAUCGUGAGUUUGAUCGUUUCAUGGCGACAACUAGAACUUUCAAGCUGGGCAGGCCUACUAGAUCGUGAAGAUCGCACAGUGUCUCGAGAUGCUCAGUCCUGGUGGUUCAUCGCCUACGAAAGCAUUGUCGCAUCUGGCCACGCGAACGAAGAGGACCAUGACAAGAUGCAGGCCCACGCCAAGAGUCUACUGGCUAUUUUGGAGGUCUUCAUCACGAAAUGCGGUCUGGGCGAGUUCGUCCAUCGUAAGAAAAUGCUACGCGAUUUUGAAGCUCACGCAGCAUUGCUUGCGCAGUCGCUAAGCUCGUGGGACGUGAUCCGCAGUGCUCUGCAGAACUUCAAUGUCUACUUUGCGAGAUUCGAGCAAAGUAUCCUCGGUCGUCUGAGCAAGGGCCGCGCUCAGCUCGAGACAGAUCUGAAAAUGGUUGUGCAAUUGGCAAGCUGGAAGGAUAGAAACAUAGACACACUUCGUCAAAGCGCUUCUUUAUCACACAAGAAGCUCUUGAGAUAUGUGCGCAAGUAUAGGAACCUGCUCGCUCAGCCGGUUGGACCAAUGGGCGUGGAGCAGAUGUCAGGGCUUGACUUGGCACAAGAUGCCAAUGCCACCAAAGCUGUGGCAAUGCCAGGGUCAGCUAUAGUUUCGCCUGUGAUUUCGAACAGCAAGAUCUGGUCUGAACGUCCUGCUCGUUACCAGAAUAUUGAAGCCACAGUGAGCUUGAUGCGUUCUAAGACAGCAAAACUCGCCUUUGAAGAUGUGGCCACCAGGCUGGCCGCUUACCGCGUCGAGAUCAAGGACGAGAUCAGUAGUCUUCUGAAGGAGACACCACCAUUGCUUAAUACGGAGACAAAGGACCAUGUACAGGAUCUCAAGCGUCGUAAACGUCGCUUACUUGCAGAUGUCAUACGCGCUGUCCAAGACAUGGGAAUCGCAAAGGGUCUUGGCGGAGAUGCGCUUGCGCGGCAAGCAUCCCAUUCAAUCGUCUUCUCUUCAAUCCCGACUUUCGACAGAUCACAUCACAAUGCGCAUGUACAUGAAGGCGAGCACACCUUUCAUCUGUUUUUGAACAUUCUGCCUGCUGUCCGUGAAGCUGCUCGUAAGCACUCCGAGGACCUGACAUCCGCUGAGGCACAACGCUGUAUGGGCCUGUUGGAGAGCAUGCUGCACACGAUUCUGAGGCAGCGCACAAGAUUGCAACACCAUAUUGGCUUGGCGAUCCAGUUGCGCACUGUGCUACAACAGCUUUCGGCCCUCGCGACGGCAGAUGGUCCUACUGUCAUGACACGCUCCUGGUCUAGACCCGAUCUUGCGCAACGUAUCGUCAUAACCGGAGUCAUGCUGCGGAGCUGUGGCCAAUUGAUCGCCACGCAAGUAGGAUUGGCAGGCCAUGAUCCUCCAGAACUGCUAGGAUUAUUAGAAGAGCGUGCUAGAGCAUUAGACAAUCUGCACGCCGCAUUGCAAGAUGUUCUGACUUUGCCGGCUGGUACGUGCAGCGAGGCAGAGACUCUUAUCUACGAGAGACUCUUGUCAGUCAGGCAGCGAAUCAACCUAGACGUCAGAGAGAUUUCAAGAUCAGAUGCUGAACUGGAGCCGCUGCUCGAGCAUCUCCUUACAUGGGUCGAACCUCCUAAGACCGCUCUCGAUACUGAUGAUCGCGAAGCAAUUAGCAUUGACAACUGGACAGUGACGUUGAUGCGAGCGUUAGAUGCCGCACUUGCUGCCGCCGAAGCUUGCGAAAAGACCUUGUGUGCUGCCCCUACGGAUAGUGACGACAAAUCAUGGCUGGUACGACAGCACACAGCUAGACAAGCUGCCAUGCAAGGACUCGCAAUGCCGCGCGUCCUGGCGGCUAUAGCUGAGAGCCUGGCUCAGCUUCCGCAUCUCAUCCAAGUCGACGGUUCCGAGCUGCGAAAUGCAGCUAGCAUGAUCUGUCAAGUUCUCCCAAUCCUGCGGCUGUACGUGACCGUCGUCAGUCGUACCGUGAACGAAGAAGCCCUCGAAUAUCAUGAGACUGCUGCGCUCGCCUACCAGCUUACCGCAUCUUUCGAGCAACUCGCACAACGUGGUUUCUGUACGCCUUCUGAAAAGGCAGAAGGCAAAGAUGACAGAGCUGGAAACGUGGAAGCGGGCACAGGACUCGGUGACGGGGAGGGUGCUGAGGACAUCAGCAAAGAUAUAGGCGAUGACGAAGACCUAUCAGAGCUCGCCCAGGAGCCGCAAGCCAGCGGGCAGAAGGAGGAUAUAGAAGACCAGCAAGAUGCUGUAGAUAUGGCUGAUCAAGAGCUGGAAGGGGAUAUGGGCGAGCAGCCCGAGGCCUCCGAAAAUGGUGAAGGUGAGGGUGAUGAAAAUGGUACUCAGGAAGACUUGGAAGAAGAAAGUGGCUCGGUAGAUGACCAAGGCCCGUCGACUCUUGAUGAGAAGAUGUGGGAUGAAGGGCAAAGCGCGGAAGCCCCAGAGAAGGAAACAGAAGGGAACAGAGGCACGAGUACUGAUGAUGCUGCAGUCGGUGCUGAAAAGUCCAACGACGAGAAGAAGGCUCAAGAAGGCGAAGAAGAAGGAGAUGAGGUCGUUGACCAGCCUCCCGAUGAAGAUGAUCGAGUUGCGCAAGAUCAGACGGAGCAGCUGGAUCCACACGUUGGCGAAGAGCAGAAUCUCGAACUCACUGACGAUCUUACGGUAGAUGGAAAGGACACGAUUGAAGAGGCAGACUCUGAUGUAGAUGGUGAAGACGAGGAUAUGCCCGGUGAUCCAGAUAUAGCUGAGGGAGAUACGGAGGAUCGGGAUGAUCUGGACAUGGACGAUGAGGGUAGUGUAGUGGACGAAGCGAGACCGGGAGAGGACGACGGCGGCGUGGAAGAUGAGAAGACUGCGGAAGCCGCCGAUAGCAUUGACGAGGAAAUGGAACGAGAUGAGUCAGAAGAUGUUCUGAUGAAAGAAGAAAAGGAAGCUUUGCACGCCGAUGAAGACAUUGUGGGUGAGGCUGACAAUGGUGGAGAUCCUGACUCCUCUGAUGCUCGACCUAACGCUGCAGCCAGCAGCGCGCAAGACGACAUGGCUGAGGGCGCUGCGGAACGAGAGGAGAAUGAGGACGCUAGUGCGACCGGACCUCAGCGGAGUAGUAAAACCGAGAAGUUUGGCACUGGCUCCGAGGAUAUCACAUCGAAGCAGGACCAAGUACCCUACAAGCAGAUUGGGGAUGUUCUGGAGGAGUGGUACAGACAACAUCGCCAAAUCGAGGAUGCUCAGCCUGAAGUCGAAGACGCAAGACCAGAGCCGGCAGAUGUCGAUAUGGCUGAUUCUCGCUUUGAACAUUUGCUAGACCAGGAUGCGACGGCGGAUACACAAGCACUUGGUGCGGCGAACGCUGACCAGUCGACAGCAUUGGACGAGAACGCCGGCUUGUCUGUCAACGGGGAGGAUACUGAUCUUCCACCUCUGAACGAGAAGUCAAAUGAAAUCGACCAGACCACAAAGGCCGAAGAAAAAGAAAACCAGGUUGCACCAAGCGACAUGCCUCGUGCGGACAAGGAUUCUAAGGCCUUCGUUGGUGAGCCCCGCAAUUGUGAAAUGGAUGUGGACAUGCCCGACGAUCUACCACUCCAGGAACAAGAUCACCUCGAGGACGUGGAUCAGCAACUGGUUCAUACACACUUGGAUGCGGAUGAUGUCGAUGAUGAGCUAACUAUCGAUCAAGCACGCCUUUUAUGGGCUGAGCACGAGUCCAGCACACGGAACCUUGCACUUGUGCUUACUGAGCAUCUGCGCCUGGUGUUACAGCCGACACAAGCCACGAAGAUGCGAGGAGACUUCCGUACAGGCAAGCGUCUCAAUAUCAAGCGCAUCAUCCCGUACAUCGCCUCAUCAUACAAGCGUGACAAAAUCUGGAUGAGAAGAUCCGUGCCAAGCAAGCGCUCAUAUCAGAUCAUGCUUGCCAUCGAUGACUCCGAGUCAAUGGCGGAGAGCGAGAGUAAGCAGCUAGCAUUUGAAACUGUGGCGCUCGUGGCAAAGGCAAUGUCCAUGCUCGAGGUUGGAGAGCUUAGUGUGGUGGGCUUCGGUGAAGACGUCAAGAUUGCGCACGACUUCAGCACGCCUUUCACAUCCGAAGCAGGCGCUCAAGUUUACAAGCAAUUCAGCUUUGCGCAGACUAGGACCAAUGUACGCAGGCUGCUUGCAGAGUCUAUCGAGCUGUUCCGCGCUGCAAGACUGAAAGCAGCCGGUUCAGCGAGCGAGCUGUGGCAGCUUCAGCUCAUCAUUUCCGAUGGUGUGUGCGAAGAUCAUCCAUCGAUACGUCAGCUCGUCCGUCAAGCGCACGAGGAGCGUAUCAUGGUUGUAUUCAUCGUGGUGGAUGCUGCAGCACAGAAGGCCGAGGCAUCGGGAGGGCCGAAGCAGAGCAUACUUGAUCUGCAAACGGCGGAGUUUGUCAAAGACCAAGCGGGAGAGAUGCGGUUGAAUAUGGUCAAGUACCUCGAUACUUUCCCGUUCGACUAUUAUCUGAUUGUGCGUGAUGUUCAGGAGUUACCGGCGGUACUUGCGGGGGCGUUGAGGCAGUGGUUUGCUGAGGUGGUGGAGUCUGGAUAG